CGUGACAAUAGCCAGCUGAAUGGUCGUCAUAACGUGUUUUAUCCGGCCGGUUGGGAUACGCUUCGGAGAGCACUAAUGUGUAUCGAAUGUGCGGCGAUAAACUCUGAUUGUCACUCGUCACGUAUCAACCGCGCCGAAAUACUUUACAUAGCCCUCAGUUGAAUCAAGUUACGGACGGAACAUCACCGCUUUUGCUGCCAUCAUGGUCAACGACUCACAAGAUUCACUUGUUCCUACCACUGAAGUUGCAAUCAGCGCUGCAUUUCUCUGCGUCGUUAACAUUGGAAUUAUCAUUGGCAAUUUUCUCGCCUUAAUUGUUGUAUGGCGCACAUCGAAACUUCACGAACCGAAUUAUUUCUUUCUUUGCAAUCUGAGCGUUGCGGAUUUGCUCGUCGGAAUGAUCUAUUGCCCUCUAUUGAUGGCAAGUGUAAUCAAACAGUCUUGGGUGUUUGGAAAUCCUUUAUGCCGCGCACACUCGGUUAUUGUAAGCGCUUCUUUGAAUGCGUCGUUGAUGAAUCUGUGUGCAAUUUCAGUUGACAGAUAUUUUUUUAUUACAAGACCUUUGCGUUACACAGAAAUCGUCACUCCUCGCAGGACAUUUAUCACCAUUGCGUUGGUUUGGUUUCAUUCUAUUUUCUGGGCGAUCGCGCCCAUAUUCGGUUGGGGUCAAUUGGUAUAUGAGGGAAGUACUGCCACUUGCAAGCCAAAUUGGAAUGGAGAAGGACUUGGGGACAAAUCGUACGCUCUUUCUUUGGGGUUGGUUUGUUUUCUUGUCCCCGUUCUAAUUAUGAUCCUUGCAUAUUCAAUGAUCUACAAAGCUGCGCGGAAGCAGUUGCAGAAUAUGCAGAUUCCUGGUUUGACUAAAGAACAAUCCAUGAGAAGAAACAAAGCAACAAAAACUGUCCUCAUAAUAAUUGGAAUGUUUUGUCUCUGCUGGUCUGUGUACACUCUUGUGUCAGUUUGGAAACUUUUUGCGGUGUUAUCUGACCUCCCUCCGCGAUUGGUUCGCAUUGGAUUAUACCUCGCCGUUUCUAACAGCUGUAUGAACUUCUAUGUUUAUGCCAUAAGGGACAAGGUUUUCAGAAAGGGACUUCGCAAUUUGUUUUUUCCACACCGCAGCUUUUAUCACGAGCAAAAGAAUCGUUCAAAUGAACUGAGUCGAACAGCGCGCACAAUGCAGAAACAGUCACUUGCAGUCGAUUCGCCAGCGUCUCGGAAAACUUUUACUCUUCAAACAACUGUAUGAUUAGAUUUCCGGUAAAAGUGGGUCUAUUUGUUUUUCCUAUGAGGUCAAAUCCACUGCUUGAUGGGAGAGGAGGUCAAGUGAACACAGGAAAUGACGUAAUUUUUAAACUCCUCGUUGGCACGCGAUUCCGGCGUGUAAUAAUAAGUUAAUGUGUUACGAUUCCUCCAACAUCGUCUCGUAAAAAUCUCAGAGAUGUCUCCUAAAAUCGAGGUAAAAAUUUAAGGAAAAGAACAAUGUGGAGGGAAGAAAUGUUGAAGCAAUAUAUAAUUAUUUAACUAAAGCGCUGACUCUUCUCUUCCACGAGUGGCUAAAAAAGGGAAAUUCUUCGCAAAAUAUCAAAGAAUUUCUGGCAGAUCAGUGAUGAGUAGAUAUUGAGUGAUGUAACAUCAAAUUCUCAGAAGUAUCAUUUUGAUAAAGAAUCAGUAGUCAUUGUUAAGAACUGAUAUUAAGAUAUUGGGUGUAAAAAGGUGGAGGCAAAUACACAGCAUCAUUUUGACUUGUUUUUUUUGUUUUUUCGGAGAGGGAGAUGACUACUGUCCAUUUAAAAUAGAGCAAUAAAUGAUAGUUUGUUACGUUAAAAAAACACGAGAAAGAUAAAAAUAAGUCAUGGGGAAAUGGGUGUUUGAGGAUGGAGGAAGACUAGUGCGGAUUUCAAAUGAUAAACUUGAAACAGAAAUCAGCUAUGACUCAUCUUCAUUCUCCUGCGAUGAUGCUGGUCUCUGGGUGGUCUAAAGCCUUUAAAUAUAUCCGUUAACCUUUCGAUGAGGCUUGCUUGGGUGUUUCACUUAAAGCUGACGUAUUUAAGAAAUUAUAUAUUGGAUUUGAGUCUUGACAACGAGCAACUUUCUUUAACCUGCUUGGUUCAUUAAUAACAUUGCGGGGGAAGUGCGUGGGAAAUAUCUCGCCCCUCGGUACGAGUGUUUCCUAAAGCUGAUUUCUGUAACUCGCACAAUGGAAUAAGUUGAGAGACAGACACCUCGCACUGUCACUGAAAUCCAGGUCUGCUAAAAUUUUACCUGUUAUUGUUUUUUCCCCUACUUCUUGUGUUUACCUGUUUUUUUUCCUACUUUUUGUGUCAGGAGAGUUGUACUGAACUCGAGCUUCACGCAUGAAUACAGCUAAAUUGUGGGUAACAGAUGUUGCAAACUGAAGGAAAAGAUCCUAGGUCCCCUAGAAAUUUAACAUUUAUCAAAUGAGAUGAAAUCAGUAAAUAUAGCAUUACCUAAAUGAAACUACAUGUAUACGAGAAGAUAAAAAUAUCCUCCAAAAGUAUAUAUUUUUACGCUCUUCGAAAAUGAUACCUGCAUUAUGGAACCUCUGUUUGCCCUGUCAGGGUGAAAAAAUUCGGGCGUUUUAUAAUGUUGUGUUCAUCUUAUAGUCUUAAAUGCAUCUCUGAGAAUGAUCCAAAAUUUGGAAACUCAAAAAAAUUAUUCAAAUUUUAGUGCAGAAGCAAAAAAGUGAUGAUAAAUAUUUUUAAAAUAUACUAAGCGGUGUAUAAAUAUUUGAUGAAAACAGAUUGUUAAUUCACGUCUUCCCUUGUUUUCGUGAAUUGAUAAGUUUUGUCUCCUAGCGCUUUUGUUGCUGAGCCUGAUAAGUUUGUGGUAGAUUUGUAUUGCAGGCAGAAUGUCUGUGUUUCGCAAAUAACUAUUAAAAAGGGAGUCACGAAA